AUGCCAAAGCAGAACAAGGGUAAAGCCGGUCCGUCGAAGGGCGCCAGUGCCACUGGAGAUGCCGGAGCCUCCGCAAAAGCGCCAGCAAAGGGCGGAAAUUCUGUCAAGGUUUUUCUGCCUUUUUGUUCUUCUGGCUGUGUUCUUCGAACAUUGCAUGUUUUGGUUUGCACCAGCUUUUUUUUACCAUCAAGGAUAAGCGAGCGUUAGAGUCCUCUGUUAUAUAGCGUUUUUAUGUGAACGCGACAGUCCGACCGUCGUUCCCGACCAUGUCCACCGAGUGCUCUACAGCAUGGUGAAGCAGGGACGUUAGCUUGUGCGUAAAUUAGUUUGCAGUGAUGGUAGACUUGCACAGCGUCUACCGCACUCCCUCUUCCCCACUCCCCACCUGACCCGGUGUCAAGACAGAGUCAAGAAGACCGGAGGUGAGGGGGGGCGCAGGUGGCUGAUACGGCCGGGCCCGCACCUAGGCGCACCAGCAUACCCCCUGGUCCACAACAUGGACUUGACCAAGAUUUUUCACCAAUAGCACCCCAACAGAGGUCAGAAGAACGAGGAUGAUGACGGCGCAGCCAUGCCUACCACCCGUAUACCCAUCGGUAGCGCAAACGCAUCUACCGGCAGGGAACCAGGUGUCAGAUUACUGCCAUCGCAUACCAGGUUGCGAUGGCCUUGGCUUGCUGAUACUGGCAUAGCACACGCUUACAGACCAUUUGAAUGUGAACGCAAUCUGAUGAGCAUCCACAGGAGUGCAGUGGCAUAGGUUGCACAUGACCUGCAGUUCGGUCGCCAGUCUUAGAUGUUCACUACUCCUCAAGCUGUAUCUAUUGUAUCAAGGAAGCCAGGGAAAUUCAUCCCACACUCACUUCUCCAUUAACUGUAUGCGCCCGUCGAAGUACGGACCGAAACUCACACAACACUGACCGCCGUAUUCCAGUGUGCUAUCUGCAGCCGGCUAGAGCUUAUAGUACCCAACCUAUCUCGUGAAAUGCCAAAAUUCUGAAAUGUGAUUUCGGUUUGGAAAUACUAUUUAAAUGCGUUGUAGUAAUGAUUAGUGAGCAGCAUAAUCCAAAAAUAUUUUAGUCACGCCAGGAUACUCGCUUUUGAAUUCGCCGCUUGCCGGCCGCCUGCAGAAAGCACACUAAAUAAAAUUUACUAUUUCAGUAGUAUGCAUUUCCCCAUCGACUUUCGUCGACUUUUUGAAGUCGAAUGCAUUUUAUAGAAGAUGUGCAGGAAAAUAUGCCUCUUUAUACUCAUUCGGUAGCAAAUUGCGUAUUCUUCCAUGUUUUUCUUUGCCUGAAAAGGGGGUAUCUACCGGUCUGAAGAAGUUUGUGAUUAUGAUAUGUUUUAAGAUAUCUUACAUGUCCCUUUACUAGUUCUCUUUAUGAAGUAUACAACAUGAUCCACUUACGUUACAAAAUUGUACAAACCCUCCAUAAUGUCGUGAUAGACAAAUGCAUGAUUUCCCUUAGACGGAGAGUAUGCAGCAUCUAGUUUGGCAACCCUAAACGCAAGUCCAACUGCAGGUCAGGUUCAGAAGCAUUCGUGAAUUGAGGAACAUUACAUCGGAUGAUACUUUUUGGAAGAAAACAAAACUUCUUACCAAAUUAGUGCACGCAAAAAAGUAUUUUUGCGCAUAUUUUCUAUAAAAUAUGUUUGCAUUCGUCGGGACGUCAUAAAUCAGAUACAAAAUGCAUGUUACUCAGCUAGUCAGUUUUUUACCCAGUGUGGUUUUAGCAGACGUUCGGACUGAAAUAUCUUUGCUUCACGGGAAUCAUUGCAUUUCCACUCAAAUUAUCCUUUUCAGUCGAAAACACAUAUCGGAAUUCCAGUUAACAUUUCGUGAAAUUGGCCAGAUACCGGAGUCAUGGUAGGGCCAUGCCAUCUUGUCUUUCUUUUGAAUAUAUUUUCAGCCGCCUACAUCAAUUCACGUCCAAAAACGCAGAUCACCACUAGAAUAGUAAUCAAAUCGUAAAACUAGUCAAUUAUAAAGUCAGGGGUGCAUUUAGGAAAAUUUUUAUUAAAUACGAACUGGGGAAAUUGAAUGCUCACCCAUUGCCCGUGUUGGUAAACUUGUGGUUGGACACGGGACACCCACCGUACCACAUAAUUUAAAACUAUGAUGACCAGGAGAGAAAGACAAAAUCAGAACUCGACCCUAUUCAAUUGUUUCAGUUAAUAUCACCGUACCACAUGGCCCAAAUCCCCGGGCGGGGUUCCUAUCCCCAAGUCCUAAUCUUAACCCCAAAAUCAAUCGGCAUAACCCCAAUCCUAACCACCCUGGAAUUUAGCAUAGGGCUACCUGUAGUACGGAUGGUCCAUAUUCCUGUCCCCUACCAAGACUGCUUGCUGCCAUAAAAUCGCACAUGACAAUGCAAAUGCUGCUUGCCAACCACAUCGGCUGCAUUCCAGGUGGCAGAAUGUCCCUUUGGAGACAUGCAUAGCGGACAGUUCAGAAUCAGUAGUAUUGUUAUGAGCUCGAUUUCUGUCCGAGGUAGUUUCACCAAAAGCCGACUAUAGGAGGCAUGCCGUCCAUCGACCCUGUCCUGUUAACAUAAUUAACUUUGUGUAGACAUCGAAAGUCCAUUGGUCUUCUAAUGAGGUGGCACGUCACUGGCGAAGCUGACGUGCCUCAGCGUCAUUAAUUACUCUGAGACUGAAUGACCAUUUCUAUCGGAGAGCUCAUCUUCAGAUUUGAGUCGCCGUUUGAUUCGUUUCCUAGUGUGCACGGAAUUAGUUGGGGCCUAUGAAUUCUGAUGCCCUUAUACCCCUAUAUUGGGCUAGGACAAGAAAGUUCUCGUCACCAGCACAAAAAGUCACUUUUAAGUCACCGGCUAGAUCUAUCGAGGGAGCCACUUAUGGCCGUGCGCUCAGCUAAUCACUCGGUCUGUCCCCCUCCCUUCGGGUGGAUGGACGCGUGAAGUCUGGUUCCUAGUGGAUAAAGAAACAUCACGGCAGGGGAGAGCCGAUUGUUGACCAUUGUGAUUAGUCUCAUCCUCAGUCAGUUUGGUUCAGUCUUCAAGGAAAGAGAGAGAGGACAAAUUUGCGCCUUCGUUCUUCACUGUUAUAAAUCUGUCUUAUUUUUAAAAUAUUCCUCCCCCAAAGUUUUGGUUUUGAAUUCUCCCUACUAGUGGGUCAACGCGGCUGAGAAUUUCAUUGCAAUCGUUCCUUGCUAGUGUGGUCUUAUAGGCAACCUCACCGAUAUGCUAACGUAAUGAGUGAAGUCUCACUUGUGUGGAUUGCUCGACCCGCGCGUAUGUGACACACACGCAGACGUCCGCCAGUACCUGAUCACCCAUCAUCUCCCCGUUCAUAUCCAGUCGUUUUGACCCUGUCGUGGCAUUGGAUCACGGCACGUGCGGUAGUAGAUGGUGGGGUCGGUGCUUCGCAAGCCGCCCUCCUAAUAGUCUAGGUAGCGCGCAUGUCGCUGCCACCUUCCCGGCUAUCGAUGGUUAUCAACCAGUCCGGAAAACGAGCUGUCGGCUGUCAGAAGCUACGGGAUUUAUGUUUCACUGGAUUGCAAGUGCCACCAUCCGGGCUCUGGAGAAGUCGUCGAGUCGGGCUAAGUUGCUCUAGGCUGACAGUCCCCCCUCCACUUAUUUGCUACAGCUCUGUGAGUGCUCAGCGUGUCUAGUGAUAUCAUCGGUGGUCGUCAUUAAUAACCUCGGAAACGGCCUAAUAAAAGGGGAGAAGGUUCUUGUUGCAGAGUUCAGCCACUAUUUUAUACCGACAUUCCGGCUUCUUGGCAUGUAUGACAGUUCGGCUGACACAAACUGAGCGCAGCAACGAUGACCUAUGCGCGACUUAGUUUAAUAGCCAGACAGACUUUUAGGGCCUCUAUCUCACUCUCCCUCAUCUUCGCCUUGGUGGAAGGAUGAGUUUAAGACGAUGGGGGGGGGGGUGGGCGCGAGCGUUUCGGCUGACAAAACUCGACGGCCCGGCUACACGUGCCACGCACGCGACGCGGUCCCCACUUCGUGUGCCAUGUUCAACCGGAUGUGAUGUGUUCGUGCCCUGCCACGCGAUGUUUCGCACACGUAGUAUACCGCGAUCGGUGCGUCAGACUGGCGACAUGCAUUGCGAAUCAUAUAAAAGCAACCCCCGAAGGAAUUGCUUCUAGACGUUAUCAUGAAUGCAAAUGCGCGCAAUGCAAUAGGAAGAUUGGGAUUGUUAUAGUGCAAAAUUCGCGUUCCCUUUUCCUAUUUCUGCCGAUCAGUCCGAGCAAAUUAUUUUGUUUGGAUACGAGAGCAAGUACCCAUGCCUCGUACUAUAGAUGUCUUUGUCCUAAAUUCCAGCAUGGCACCUAUUCCUGUGUCCCAACUCUAACCCUUAUACUAAUACCUACCUUAACCCCUCCUCUGUAUUGCAGCGCAAGGUCAUCUGUAGUGCUAGGGUAACUCAUUCCCGCAGCCGUGUCUGUUUUCCAAAUUUUUUCUACGACUGGUUUCAGCAUGGGAGGUGAUAGGUUUUACGUUUGUUUACAGGUCAGGCACAUCUUGUGCGAGAAACUCAGCAAGUGCAUGGAGGCCAUGGAGGAGUUGAACAAUGGCGCACGUUUCAACACUGUGGCGGAGAAGUACAGCGAGGAUAAGGCCCGUUCCGGGGGUGACCUUGGCUGGAUGUCCCGGGGCUCCAUGGUCGGACCCUUCCAGGUAAGUGUGCUGUUUGUGAUUCCAGUUCUUUUUGGCGCUUAUCGAGCUUUUUUUAAUCCACUUCCGUUCCUAUUUCGCUAUCACUUGGCAUUUCGUCGACCCUCAGACUCCACAGUUUCAUGUUUUGCUCAUUGCAGGAUGCGGCCUUUGAGCUCACGCCGUCGACUGUGGAUAAGCCCGUCUACACAAAUCCCCCCGUAAAGACGAAAUUCGGCUACCACAUCAUCAUGGUUGAAGGACGAAAGUAG